AUGAACGUGACUGAGAAUUGGAGACUGAGAGUCGACGGUGGCGAAAUAGUCGGGAGACCAGCCGUGCUGAGCGAUGGCGACGUUAUUGUUGGGACACUGCAGGGCUCUGUCUAUCGGAUCAACCCAAUCUCGAAUGGGACCGUCAUCUGGAAGGUUUAUGCAGGAUCCAUUGUUGGCGCACCGGUUGUCGAUCAGGACGACACGAUCUAUUUCGGGAGCGGAGAUCGCAAUGUUUGGGCCCUGACGCCUGACGGCAUGACGAAAUGGCAGUACCUCACCCAACAACCUUUGAUGACCGCUCCUCUGCUGCUUGACAUGAUGUAUCUCUAUGACGGGUCUUACUCUGAUCCAGGGGUUGUGAUAGGAGGCUUGGAUGGAAUCCUGUAUAAACUCAACCUGGACGGGACAGAAGCAUGGACGUUUCAAACCGGAGGACAGAUAAGAGGGGCGGCUAGUGUAACUCAUGAUGGAAAGAUCCUGUUCGGAUCCACGGACAUGUACCUUUACUGCAUCAGUGCAAAAGACGGGAGUUUGCAAUGGAAGUACAAUGCUUACCAGGAGAUCACGAGCAAGCCUCUCGUUCAAGACGUCUCCAUCGUGUUUGGUACGAGACAGAACAACUCAGAUUCAGGACGGAUCAUCGCCCUCAAGUUUGACGGCACAUGGAGAUGGGAGAUCAGCAUAACUUCGUCCGUGGAAGGAGAGCCAAUCGAAGACCCGGAGACAGGAACAGUCUACGCUGCUUCCAACGACGGCAAGAUCUUCGCGAUCCAGGCGGACGGUGCCAUGCAGUGGCGAUACGUCACGGGAGGGUCAGGAGGAGUCUGCGGUGACUACUCGAAGAUCAGCGACGAGAAUGCAAGCCCAACCGUCAGCGGGAAGUGCUCCUUCUCUGAGUUGGGUGCGCAUGGAGCAACCUCACCCUGCUUUGUGCAUGGCAUGUUGGUCACAAGCUCGGCAAACAAGUUUGUCUACGGCCUUGGACUAGAUGGCUCCCUGCUAUGGAAGUUUGGCACGCGGAAGAGAAUCAAAGCUCCGGUUCGGUGUCUGAGUAGCACAGACUCGUUCGGUCGCACCUCCGUCACAGUCUUGGCUGCCUCCAACGACCGUUACUUGUACUCCAUAGAUGUCUCGGUGAACCCCAGCAGAGACUCCAGCAACUUCCCCUGCUAG